AUGCAGGCCGUGGGUCAAGACCAGAGAGCUACAGGUACACCUGGGGCAACAGAGCACUCACAGGCGGGGUCGGGGCAAGGGCAGCACGUCACGGAAGUUCUCAGCUUAAUCUUAUCGACGCUAUAUCUUGGGUGCGCGAUAUGGUGGGACUGUCUAGCACAGAGACCCCCAAGCAUCCCUGAGUUACAGCAGCUGCCGGAGGCAACGCAAAUCGGGGAACCGACAAGUUCUUCCGCAGAAGUCAGGGAGCUAGUAGACCACCUCAGUGAGCAAGCCAGGGAGGUGGCAAGUGAAGCUUCAAUGGAAAGAACACCCAGAGCUCUUGCAAUGUGGAUGGCUGGGCUAACGCUAGCAUUCGCUAUCUCCAUAGCGCUUGCUCAAAAGGUCCGGGGUUAUACUGGGCUGCCCUUGGGCAUAUGGCAUUUGGCUACUCUGCCCAUUAGCCCUUCAUACUCAACAGAUGCAGGCUCUCUCUCAGAUUGGGUGAAGGAGAUGGGGAAGUGUCUUGAUGAAGAGCAGCUGGAACUGAUGCUAGUAGUUGCAUGGGCUUUAUGGAGUGAUAGAAAUUUGCUACUGUUCCAGGACAUACAGAACUAUCCUGUGGAUGUGGUGAACAAAGCAAUCAGCUUCUUCUAA